CUCUUAGCUACGUCAACUAUCUAUCAGGACAACAACAAGUUAACUUGGGACACUAAUUACCAACAGCGAAUUUUAAAAUGAGAGGACUGGACUGGGACUCAACGGCACAAAGUUGACAGGCUUUAAGUAACAGUCAGCCUCAGCCGCGCCGUUGUCAAGCCUCAUGAACGGGGGAGUUUUAUUGUCCUAGCUUGCUGGCUAACGUUAGCUAUUUGUCUGGCGAGUAACCGACAUGGCUACUAGAGAGAUGUCUCUACGGCAGAAAUACCGUCGUCCACCAGCGAGCAUAAAGCAGGAGCAGGAUGACGACUCGGACACGGAGGAGACCCACCUGGGGCUGAGGAGGACGGACGGGCUGGAGUCUCAGAUCAUCCACAGCGGACACUUCAUGGUGUCCUCGCCCCACAGCGAGCACCCCCCGAAGAAAGGCUACGACUUCGACACUGUCAACAAACAGACCUGUCAGACCUAUCACUUCGGAAAGGCGAGCACAUCGCACCUCUCCAUAGACGCUUCACUGACCAAACUCUUUGAGUGCAUGACUCUCGCGUACAGUGGUAAGUUGGUAUCCCCCAAAUGGAAGAACUUCAAAGGUCUAAAACUGCUUUGGAGAGACAAGAUCCGCCUAAACAACGCCAUAUGGAGAGCCUGGUACAUGCAGUAUGUGGAGAAAAGGGAAAAUCCUGUUUGUCACUUUGUGACUCCCCUCGACGGAAGUAUAGACUUGGAUGUCCAUCGUCCUGCAGAGGCCAUUGCCACAGAGGGGAAAUGCUGGAAAAGAAGAAUUGAAAUUGUCAUCAGAGAAUAUCACAAGUGGAGAACAUACUUCAAGAAAAGGAGGCACAAGGAUGAUGACCUCUCAAGCUUGCUUAAGGGGCCAGAGGAGCUGUUAUCGCUGUUUGGGGAAGUCUCUCCAGACAUGCAUCGUGUCUCCUUUUAUCAGGAUGAAGAGACUGCUGCACGCCGUGUACCUCGUAAGCAUAAUGAAACACCUGCGCCUAUGGACAUGGACACCCUCUUUGACAUGGAUGUUCUGAUGUCUGAGUUUUCAGACACACUGUUCUCUACGUUGGCCUCACACCAGCCCAUAGCCUGGCCCAAUCCAAGGGAGAUUGCUCAUGCAGGGAACGCAGACAUGAUCCAACCAGGACUCAUCCCCUUACAACCCAACCUAGACUUCAUGGACUCUUUUGAUCCGCUGCAAGACCUAUUUCACAGCCUCCGUCAGCCCGUCUUCCCCUCUGUUUCCCCCACUGCAUCAUCUGUCACCCCUUUAUCCAGCAGCAGCUCUCAGUCACAGGCCCAGUUAAUGUCCUCCAUGCAGCUCACAACCAACCACAUCUCCCCUCCUGGCCCCCUGCCCAUCCCCUCUCCAAUGGUCAGUCAAACCAGUCAAACAAGUGGUGGUGGUAGUGGUGGUAAUGUUGCCUUUGUUCAAAACUACAUGCCUCUGUUUCCUGGGCAGGUGACGCCCAGUGAUCAUGCAGUAGUUUCCUCAGUCUCUCAGCCAUUAUCCCAUGAUCCUCUGGCACAGUGCCUACCAGGUCAGGACAUGGCCUCAGCAACGCCCAUGGUUCCCUCACCCUUGGACAACACCUCUGCACUGGAUGAGACCGUAGUGCCUUCUGUGAUUACGCACACAGCCUCCUCUACUGUCACACCCAGCGCCGCAGCCACCACCUUCAGCCACGGCUCAGAGUAUGGCUCCAUAUCCGCACAACCUCCACCUCCUCCGUCUCAACUCCAACCCAUGGCUCCACUGCCUGCCACCCCUGUACCACACUCUCAGACUUUUGCCGUGCCCCGCCCCUUUCAGUCAUCCAGUGCCAACAAAAACCGCCCUGUGCAAAGGAUCGCUCCUGCGAACACCCUCCCUCCCUCCCACCUCAUCCUCACAGCCCCUUUCCCGGGCCAUCCCAAUGCUGUGAUUGUUACACCAACACCUCUGAAAGCAGAUGUGGUCCCUAAUACUGGGAUGGUCAUCGCUUCGUCUCAUCUUGGAGGGGCUUCUGGAUUUCAUGUUGUGUCUCAGACACAGAAGUCUCCCCAGCCGAUUGUCCCCAAAGAAAAGUCUUAUUCUUCCAGCCGUAAAAAUCAGAAAGCCUCUUCUAGUGUCGUUCACAGUCAGCCAGGAUCAGGUCAAGGGUCACCAUGUGUGUUAGAUCAAGUUCCUAGUCCCCAGUCACUUAUCAGCAGCAGCACAGCUCUGGUAAAGAAUGAACAAAAUCAGAGCCGGAGGACGACACUCAUAUCUGCUGAGCAAAAGAGACGAUCAAACAUAAAAAUUGGCUUUAAAACACUCUGUAACCUGGUUCCCACUCUAACGUCACAAUCAAAUAUCAGUAAUGCAGUCACAUUGCAGAAGACAGUGGAGCACAUUGGGAAGCUCCAGCAGGAGAGGCAGCAGAUGCAGGAAGAGGUUAAGAGACUACGAGAGGAGAUAGAGGAACUCAACACCUCCAUUAAAUUGUGUCAGCAACAGCUUCCUGCAACAGGGGUGCCCAUCAGGCGGCAUCGCCUCGACCACAUGCAAGAGAAGUUCAAUGAAUAUGUAAAGAGCCGCACUCUUCAGAACUGGAAGUUCUGGAUUUUCAGCAUUAUUAUCAAGCCUCUCUUUGAGUCAUUCAACGGAAUGGUGUCAACUACAAGCAGAGCAGAGCUGUGUCAGACCACACUGCAGUGGCUUGAUCGUCACUGUUCCCUUCCAGUGCUCAGACCCAUGGUGCUGAGUACCCUUCGCCAGUUGAGCACAACAACAUCCAUUCUUAGUGAUCCCGCCCUGCUGCCUGAAGAAGCCAUCCAGGCUGUUGCACACACAGAUGUGUAGUCUUCUCUCAAAGGAGGUGAGGUGACCUAAAGGUCACCUGAACGUUUAAACAGCAAUCACCAAAGUGACAUGUCACUACUUUAACUUAAAGCCAUUCAGCAAGGUCACCACAUCUUCUGCAUAUCCACGACUUCCUGAAAGAUAAAUGAUAAAUGCAGGCAAGGUCUGGCUUACUUUUACUCUGUAUGUUCGAUGGUCAUACAUGUAUUCUGUUGUACAUUGAUUCUUGGGAAUUGUGCACACAGGGAGCCCUACAUUUGACAUUACAUUUAUAACAGUUGUGCAAAAAUGGCUUUUAUCAUAUUAUAUUUGAAUGACAGCAGCUACUGCUACCUUCACCUACUUUAGGUGAAGAUCUUCUAAAUACUCAUUGGAAGAUGGUACUUGUAGUUUGCUUUAUGAAAAACAAAAUAUAUUUAAAUUGAAAUUACUUUUAUAAUAUACAAACAACAUUGUGUUAAAAAGGGAAAUAUUGAGUGAUUGUUCAUUUUGUGUUCUCUCUCAGAUGUAUAGUGAGUAUAUGGAUAUGACACAAGGGUAGGAGAUGAAUGUGUGUUUUUUUUUGUUUGUUUUUUUUUGGGGGUUUUUUUUUUGAGGAACUAUUUUUGGAAAAUAGUUUGUAUUUUUUGGAGGCUCUGAAACCUCCCAGAAAGGCUUCACACCAGAAUGUAGGGGAUGGCCUGAAACAUGGCUAAGUUGAUCACUCGCGGGCUUCUCUAUACCUAUUCAAUACCAGAGAGAUGAGUGCUUUUUCCAUCUUUUCCAUCCUUCAUUUACUCAGGUGACUAAUGUUUUGCCAGAUAACAAUAGUGGUUUCCUAGUGGUUUUCCGUCCAUGCUGAACUUCUUCCUUCAUACUUUGCUUGCUCUGCCCAUUUCUAGUGAGUUUAACUGCAAAUUACACAAGAAGGCAGUCACUUUACAUACAUGGGCUUCUACUGGGCAGGUCACAGCAUAAUGGAGCUAUAUUACUUACAGCCCUCAUAGGGAGCAUAACUGAAAUAGCAGUACAGAAUAUAAAUAUACUAUACUCAUAUGUACAGUGUUACACGAUCUUAACUGAAUGCACACUAAGUGUAGCUGUCUUUUCUGUUCUUCGUUGGUCACUCAGGGCUGCGCUGGUCAGCGUAAUUAUUUUCCAUUCAGCUAUGCACAACUCAAGUCAGGAUCUUUCUCAGCAGGAACACACAUUUUUCUGUAAGGGUACAGGUCACAUGUUUUUUUUUUUUUUUCUUUCUCUGUGUGUGUUAUGGCAGACACAGGAGAAAAAAAUUGUCUGCCACAUCAAGACAUAGCACAGAGAAAUAAAACAAAAGCCAUAUCAAAGCGUAGUUCGCCCGUCCAUUCAGUUCAUUUGCUGUGUUACUGACAUCAUAUCUGACACAGCACUUUGCUUUGUUGACAGCUCGAGUUUAGACACAGUGCAGAUUUAGUCGGCACGUGUGACAUACAUCAGCCUUAAGGUCAAAGUGCCCUUAUUUGUGAUCUCUGCAGGCUGAUGAUGUAUUUUUUUAUUAUUUGUGGUUCUGCGCUCCCCAUUUAUUUUGUUUUGUGCAGAACAACUUAGUUUACUGUUGCGUUUUACAGUAGCACAAAGCACUACUUUGAUUUGAUGAAUGUGCAGCUUUUUGUGUGCCAUCUGUUAUUGUGAAACUCUUUUAAUAGGAGAGUUUCCGUUUCUGUUACAUAAAAAUCAUUUAGCUGUCGAUCUCAAGGCUGUUCAAUUUACAGUAAGACGGAAUAAGCAGUGCACAACAGUGCAGCCUAUUUACAGUGUUGCAAAUCAAAUGUUAAGAGCUCACAUUCACCCAAAAUUAUUUAUUACUACUGUAAGAAAAUAAAAAUGCACCUCUGAAUGCAACUAUGGUUGUCAUGAUUGAAAAUGAAAAUAUUUGUUUUUGACUUUUUUGUGAUUGUUUUCUCCCCUUCAAACUAAGAAUGAAGACAUUAUUUAAUUUUUAAUUUAGUGUAUGACAAUAAUCCCCAAUGUUCCACUGCAGCUUGGCAUUUGUGUGGUGAUCUUUUUUUUUUUUUUUUUUUUUUCCUUUUUAAUGUUUUUGCAUACCAGGUUUGAUUUCCAACUUUUGUUUGCUGUUUCUGUGAGGUGAUUUUCUACCAGAGGAUGUACAGUAUAUCAUUGCAGAUUGGUUCUCCCCAAAUUUAGUGUUGUAUUUCAUUUGUUUUAAGAAGUAAAGAAAAUUUCUUAUUGCUGCAUAUGAGUGUUUUUUUCCCCCCAAAGUUCCCAAACAAGUUUUAAAAAUGCCUGAAAUAAUUCUGAA